GUGACUGCCGCUUCCCUCACGCGUUGUGAGCGCGCCGCUGACGUCACCGUGGGAGUGUGCCAUCGGGAGAAAUUAACGGACAUCAGCACAAUUCUCUCUCAGCUCUCACCAUGUGAUAAUCCUGCUUUUAUGAGGGGCAAGUUAACUGAAGUGUCAAGAGAACAGAUUACCCUGCAUUGAGGGACUGGCGGUUUCUCUAUGCAAGAGAGACCGUUUUGGAUUUCCACUUAGAUUUAUCCACAGUAUCAGAUUUCUGUGUUGAGAAGACUGAGCAGGAUGACUGGAACUGAAGCCAACGCUGAACUGCUGUAAGCCAGUGGAGGCCAGGCUGGACUAAUGACGAGCAUGACUUUGCGCCAAACCACAGAUGCAUGUACGCUCUCAGAGUCCACCUGACUGCUGCCACCCUCUGCUUCCUGGCUUUUGAAACAGCCUAUCAGGGGGCUGGUGGAGGCGGGGCUUAGCUAGACCCCUGUGCUGACCCUCUGAGUGAGACUGGCGCCUCCUGAUGGACCAGGGUGGUAGCGAGCAGCCUGGGGCGGAGGAGCCAGACUCUGGGGGUCGAGCAGAGCGGGAGGUGAGCAGAAGGGCUUCCGAGCCUGAUCACGGCCUGUCCAAAAUUACCCACAAUGCCUUGGAGAACAUGGGCGCGCUGGGCCAUGGCCUGAAGCACUUCUUCCAACCCCAGCGCAGGCGUUCAUCCGUCUCGCCGCACGACUACGCCUCUUCCUCCACAGGCCCUAUCCUUGAACCCCCUGAAGUGGGGCCAGAGUUGGGGGAAGCGCCAGGCAUCACGGUCGCCCCUAACUCUGACCCCCACACUUCCGCCCCCCCUGCAGCUUUGAGCCGCGUGCUGCAGCAGAUUAGAGGCCCCCCCAUAAUGAAGAGAGGGACCAGCCUGCAGAGCCGCCGCAGCAAGGCAGGGGGGGUAGGGGAGGCCCCCCAAAAAGGCAGCCCUCAGAUCCACAGGCGCAGUACCCAGGACCCCUUGCUGCAGGCAGGACGGCCACGCUCCUCUUCAACCACCGAUACGCCCAGCAGCCCAGCUUUGGUGGACAUGUUGCUGACCUCAGGGUACCACUCCACCGAGGAGGCUGAUCGGCAAGAUCGUUUGGAGGUGUCGGGUCCUGCAGUGUCUCCCAACGCUCUGUCUACAUGCUCAGAUGGCGGUCAGUACGGUGUGGAUUCAGUGGAUGGCACCCCGGAUCCUCAGCGCACCAAGCAGGCCAUUGCUCAGCUACAGCAGAAGAUCCUCAAACUCACAGAGCAGAUCAAAAUCGAACAAACAGCAAGAGACGACAAUGUAGCCGAGUACUUGAAGCUGGCAAACAACGCAGACAAACAGCAGAGCACUCGCAUCAAGCAGGUGUUCGAGAAGAAGAACCAGAAGUCUGCGCAGACCAUCCAACAGCUGCAGAGGAAGCUGGAACAUUACCAUCGCAAGCUCCGAGAGGUGGAGCACAAUGGAAUACCACGCCAGCCCAAAGAUGUCCUGCGAGACAUGCACCAGGGUCUGAAGGAUGUGGGUGCCAAGGCACACCCCAAAGGGGUAGAUUUGGACCUGGUGUGA